AUGUCCUCCUUCCCUGACGCGGCCGCCAACCUUUCCUCGACGCAGACCUCGGCCUUCGACCGUUCUCCCUCUCUGAAGCGCAAGCGGUCCCUCGGGCACCGUUCGCAGUCUUUGAGCCAACACGAACGGUACACCCGCGGUGACGCUGGGUCUUGUGGUGGCGAGGCAGACCAGGAACAACCCAGCGGCCUCGGUUGUGUGGAGCUUACUAACUCCCCUACAGCGCAGGCCAUCCAGGACUGCUACAAUGCCGACAAUGCCGUCUUCUCUUGCUAUCCGACCGACAAUACCAGCGUUGCGCAGCAUCAAUACGUUGAGUUCGUCUGGAACAGUAGACUCCCUCAAUUCACCAACACGAACGAAGUCGAUAUAUUUCUGUAUAAUGCGGACUCACAAGAGCUGAUACAAAGUUGGAUUAAUCACGACAACCCGGUCAGUAACGCAGGCUUUGUAGGGGCCUGUAUCAACGAUUCGUUCUGGGGAGGGAGUAGUGCGGCGAGCUGGAGCGGCGAGAACAUCACUUCGCAGUACUAUUUUGCGAUCACGCCCAACACACAGUCGGAUGUGGCCUACCGAUUCCCAAUAUCCACGUUUGCUGCCGUCCAAACCACCUACGCCGACUACGUCGUUGCUUCCAUGUCGUCUGCUUCCGCUGCCUCGGCAUCCUCAGCAUCUGCUGCGUCGUCGAGGGCAUCGGCAUCAAGAUCCGUGACUGCGACGUCGACCGCCGUUUCUGGUGUCAGUGGUGGGAAUGGUUCUGGUGCAUCCUCAAAUACCUCCGGCGGCGCACCUACUGCCAGUUCUACGUCCGGGACGGGCUCCGUGCAAUCGCUCAAUGCAAACAAGUUUCCAGGCUGGGCGAUCGCUGUCAUUGUCGUGCUCGGCUUCCUCGCCCUCGUCGCUGCAGGCAUCAUCGCAUUCCUCGUGUCGCGACGCAUGAAACGGAGGAACAGCAUGUUGUCUCAUCGUGGGUCCAUGAACUCGGCGUCACCCAUGAUGGCCAACGCAGCGACGGCGAACACGCAGUCUCCACUGCUCGCGUCAGCUGCUUUGGGAGGGGCGGCAGGCGCUGCGGAGGCGGGCGAACACCGGCCUACAUCGCCCACGGAAGGUCACGACGGCGCAUCAACCAUGUCGCGGACGAGCGCUGACCCUGGGCUGUUCUCGGGCGCGGAUGCGGCGAUCCUCGCGGCCGCGUUCCGGUCACAACUCCGGAAGCCUGAUUUCACGGAGCGACCGGUGGAAGAAGGCGAGAGUCCUGACAGCCAGGCGACCGAGCCGCCGGGGGUGCUACUCGGCCGCCAGCUAGCGGAAGAAGGCAGGGACAUCCGAAGCGUCGGCUCCUCAAGAGGAGUACGUGUAGAGACGCUCGGUGACACGACUGAUGACGACGCAGCCACGGCAGCCACGACGAUACGCGACGACGACACCGACGAAGGAGGAACGGUGCAGGACCAUCAACACUAG